AUGAAAAAGAGAUAUUUUAUCGAAUUUAUAAAUAUCUAUCUAUCUAUCUAUCUAUCUAUCUAUCUAUCUAUGUUAUCUAUCUUUAAAUAUUGUUAUCUAUAUAUCUAUCUAUCUAUUCUAUCUAUCUAUCUAUAUUCAUUUUCACUGUUAUUUAAUGCCGACAAAACUUUUAUUGCUGGUAAUACUUUUUAUCUAUCUCUAUCUAUCUAUCUAUAUCUAUCUAGAAAGGCCUCUAUCUAUCUAGGACCUAUAAUCGUUUGUUUUUUUCUUAAUCAACCUCUGGGUGCCCACAAGAUUUUUUCUCAGGACCUAUCUAUCUAUCUCACAAUAUCUAUCUAUCUAUCUAUCUAUCUAUCUAUCUAUCUAUCUAUCUCAGUGAGGAAUAGGUAUCCGCUAAAAUUCAAAUUUCUACUUUUUUUUUUGCCUUUUGUUUCCUAUCUAUCUAUCUAUCUAUCUAUCUAUCUAUCUAUCUAUCUAUCUAUCUAUCUAUCUAUCUAUGUCUUUUUAAUCUAUCUAGAUAGAUCUUUGUAUUAUCUAAUUCUGUUACUUUCUUUCUGUCUAUCUAUCUAUCUAUCUAUCUAUCUAUCUAUCUAUCUAUCUAUCUAUAACUUUUCUAAUCUAUCUAGAUCUUUGCAUUAUCUAAUUCUAUAUUCGUAUUAUCUAAUUCUCUAUCUAUCUAUCUAUCUAUCUAUCUAUCUAUCUAUCUAUCUAUCUCUUUUCUCAAUAUAUAUAUUGAUUCUAUUACGUUUUUUUAUUACUUCCUCCCUUCCUGACUUUCUCUUAAUAGUUUCCCGCAUAAUCAUCCUCUUCUUUACAUUAUAA